AUGUCUUCAGCUGUCACCACGGCCCGCCGCCAAACCAAGCAUUUCCUAACAUCCAAGAUCGGCCACUACAGCGUCUUGGCAUUAGUCUCGAUCGACGUGACUGCCAUCUUCAUUGAUCUGAUACUGCAGCUCGAGACAUGUGAAGGUCGCCUCAGGCCAGAGGAGGGCGACAAGGCGCAGGAAGUGCUGGGGGAUCUUAGCUUGAUCUUCUCGUGCUUGUUCAUGGUCGAGUUGCUCGCCAGCAUAUGGGCUUUCGGCUGGCAGUACUUCAAGUCAUGGUUUCACUGGCUCGACGCUACAGUCAUCCUGGCCGGCUUUGUGCUGGACGUUUUGCUCAAGGGCGUACUCGAGGAAGUCGGCUCUCUGGUCGUGGUACUACGUCUGUGGCGUGUCUUCAAGAUCAUCGAGGAGCUCAGUGCUGGCGCUGAAGAGCAAAUGGAGCCUUUGCAAGAAAAGAUAGGGGAUCUGGAGAAACAGUGCGGCGAGCUGAGAAGGCAAGUCGAGCAACUGAAGUCCCAGCGAAGUUUGCCAAUGGGGACGGAAGCUGUCUAA